CAGGAUGAUAUGCUGCGAAAUAAAGCUGGAUAAUGAUCCCCCGGGAAUAUUCUACAGUGGCCAAGUGCUGAAAGGUCACGUUGAACUACGGCUCCACCGAGCCCAUGAAAUCGAUUCAUUCAUGCUCAUUGUUGCGGGAAUCGUUCAAGUGGAAUUCCUAAGCAACCGGUAUGUCAAGAAAACAAAGGAUGUCCUACGAUCGACAGCUGCUUUGAUUAAGCAAAAUCAGACGAAAGCAACGACUGUAUCCUCCGGCACGUACAUUUACAACUUUUCCACUGUACUGCCGCAAAACCUGCCUGCUUCGAUGUCGAGCGAAUUUGGAAAAAUCCUGUAUUGCGUCACUGCCGAAUUAAGGCGCCCCUGGAAACAAAAACUGUCGUAUUCAACACUUUUUCACGUGGCAAGAAUAUACGAUCCUAUAAAUAUACCAUUCGCACUGCAACAACCGGUACGGUCUCAGAAAACAGUUACCAUAUGCUGUUUUCCGUGCUCCAGCGGACCACUGCCUGUUACCAUUAGUAUCCUUAAAACCGGGUAUGUGGCUGGCGAAACCAUUCAGUUGGCUGUUUCUCUGGACAACAAUACAAAUUUCAAAAUUGACACUGUGGAUGCAUCGAUCGAGCAAAAGAGUUUCUUCUAUUCCUCGUUCCUGGAGGAUUUCAGGCGAACUACCGUCGUUGUAAACAGGGCGUAUGAACGAGUAGACGGCACGCACUAUACACAACAAAUAGACAUCCCUCAAGUGUAUCCCAGCUUUUCUUCCAAGAUUAUGGUCAUCGCAUACCGGCUGAAGGUCCUGGUAGAGUUGAAUGUUUGUGAGCAGAUAGUCUAUUUCAAAAUUCCAAUCAUCAUCUGGGCCGGUGAUCCUUGGCCAUCCUCGUACAGACCGAACCAAUCGGUGGAUUCAGGUUUGCGGGUGGUACUGCCUCUUCAAGCAACCGAAGACAGCGCUACUGCCAUCGCCGAAUCGUUGGAAAACGAUGAAAGAGAUCCUCCUGACUACGCGGCAGCCAUGACAACCAACGUGGUGAACAUUGGCUUUAUAACGAAGGUGCGUGAUUAGCAGUAAGUGUACCGUUAGUAAACAAGUGUAUUGUUUUUGCACUAAGAGGAUUAAUGUUAGCUGAACUGCAGAUUUUUUUUUUCAUGAUGUAUAUGGCAAACUUGUUCAUUGCAACUCACUUUAAGAAGUUCCUUAAACUUGCGACCCACCAAUAUACAAUUACCAAUAAUCAACAAAAAGACUUUAGAAACGUCAAAAUAUUCAAAUACCCAAAAAUGGUCUAGAAAACCCCUUUAAAUGGCCCUGAAAUGAUCUUGGACCAACAAAAUUGGCCCUAAAUACUGUCAUCGCGAUUUACAUACAAACGCAAAAAAGGCUUUAAAACUACAAAAUGGCAAACAAAUUCCACUUGAAUAAUUUUUGUUUCCAUGACAGAUACCUAUUUUGACUGCAAUGUGCAGUAAGUGUCAAUCAGCGUCAAUCUCUUUAAAGACUUAUAAAAAUUUAACCCCCCUAAGCACUCAUCCCCUAGGUAAACAUUUCAAGACAAUAGGUAUAAAAAUGAAACUACAACGUGCCG